GGUGUGUGUGUGUGUAAAAGCUUAGGGGCUGGAGUUACAACAUUAUAAAAAGCAGAGAAGCGUUUCCAAAGCUUCCUGUUACCAGUGACUUCAACUCAGUCAACCGUAAGUUGAAAUAUUGCUUACAUCUAAUUUUAAAUUUAUUAAAUUUAAAUAAAGAGAAUUUGUUUUUGUUGCCUUUAUGUAUUUUGCUGAUUUAGGGAAGUUCAAUGUGGAAAUGUAGAUUGAAUUUCUAGGCAUUGUUCUGUUGUUUGUAACAAUGAAUUUAGCAUUAUUGCUCACAAUGUUUUUUUUCCCACCUACAGCUUUAAUGAGCCAUGAAUUUUACAGAUUACGCCUUGCCUGGCUGGAUAGAAGACCCAGACAAUUAUUCUCUGCCUCCUGACAUAUUUUCCAAAACCUUGAUCCCUGAGAUUCAACCCAUCCAGAUAGUGACUCUGGUCCUCUACGGCCUCGUGGUCCUCCUGGGAGUCCCAGGUAAUGCGGUGGUGUUGUGGGUGACGGGGUUCUGCAUGACCCCCUCUGUCACCUCCAUCUGGUUCCUCAACCUGGCUUUGGCUGACUUGCUGUGCUGCCUCUCUCUCCCUCUGCUCAUGUUCCCUCUCGCCCACGACGAUCACUGGCACUUUGGUGCGCUGGCCUGCACGCUGGUCAAAGGCCUGUUCUACCUGGUGAUGUACUGCAGCGUCCUGCAGCUUGUUCUGAUCAGCCUGGAUCGCCUGAUGCUGGUUAAAAAACCCAUCUGGUGUCAGAACAAAAGGCGGCCCAGGGAAGCUGUGUUCGGGUGCGUGGCGGUCUGGUGCCUGGCCCUGUUAGGAAGCAUCCCUCAGUUUAUCUACGCCCGGCACCGCGAGGCAGGUGAUGUUAAGAGAGAGUGUGUGACUGGGUACCCUAAAGGCCUAGUCUGGUUCAUCGCUUCUUUUCACUUCAUAAUGGGAUUCAUCAUCCCCUUCCUGGUUAUUGUCGUCUGCCACCUUAUGGUUUACAACAGCACCCAGAGAGGAAUAUCACGGGGCCGGCCUCGCUCCAAGCGAACAAUGAAGGUCAUCAUGGCUGUGGUGCUGAGCUUCUUCCUCUGCUGGCUCCCCCUGCACUUAAUGGACUUCAUCCGACUGAUCACGCCCCUCUCCUCCAUUCACAGCCCAAAAGUCUACACAGCGCAAACCUUGGCACUUUGCUUGGCAUAUUUCAACAGCUGCCUCAACCCUCUGAUCUAUGUGUGCAUGGGCAGGAACUUCAAAGACAGCUUCAGCCGCUCCGUGCGCAACAUCCUCCACUUCAUCACCGAGGAGCCGUACUCCAGGGCCAGCGUCGCCAACAGUGACACCAAGAGCACCAGCAGCGGAAAGGAGACCACCAAAAUCUGAUGCGGAGGGGUCUAAUUCUCCCUCGUGCGUCUGAGGUUUAUAGGAUAAGUUUUUUUUUCUGAACUUGACCAAUAAAAAGGGAUGCUGUGAAACCUGA